GGCGCUGCAGGCCCGGAAGAAGCGGACCAAAGCCAAGAAGGACAAGGCCCAGAGGAAGAAUGUCACGAGUCUCUAUGUGUGGGGAACUUUUGGAGGCAGAUGUAGAAAUUAGAAGAACUCGAGUAAAUACUAAACAGUGUCAGCAGGCUGCACUAAGUGCUCUGUUCAGUGCUGCCCAUGGAUCCCUUUCUACUGAAAGACCCGACACCCAGCACCGCAGCCUUGCUGCUCAAUCCGAGAGUGAUCUUCCAGAGCAAGAGGAGGAAAUCCUGGGAUCAGAUGAUGAUGAGCAAGAGGAUCCAAAUGAUUACUGUAAAGGGGGUUACCACCUUGUGAAAAUAGGAGAUCUCUUCAAUGGACGCUACCACGUGAUUCGGAAGCUUGGAUGGGGUCACUUCUCCACCGUGUGGCUGGCUUGGGACAUCCAAGGGAGGAGAUUUGUGGCAAUGAAGGUGGUGAAGAGUGCAGAGCACUACACAGAAACAGCACUGGAUGAAAUCAAAUUACUGAAAUCGGUCCGCAACAGUGAUCCAAACGAUCCCAGCAAAGAGAGAGUUGUUCAGUUAUUAGAUGACUUCAAGAUUUCAGGAGUGAACGGUUCCCAUAUCUGUAUGGUGUUUGAGGUUCUAGGGCAUCACCUCCUGAAGUGGAUCAUCAAGUCAAAUUAUCAGGGUCUUCCUCUCCCUUGUGUCAAAAAAAUCAUCAAACAGGUUCUUCAGGGUCUGGAUUACUUGCAUACAAAGUGUAGAAUCAUCCACACAGAUAUAAAGCCUGAGAACAUCCUGCUGUGUGUCAAUGACCAGUACAUUCGCAGGCUGGCUGCAGAGGCAACAGAGUGGCAGAGAUCUGGGGCUCCCCCACCAUCUGGCUCUGCAGUGAGCACUGCACCACAGCCUAAACCAGCUGACAAAAUGUCAAAGAAUAAGAAAAAGAAGUUGAAAAAGAAGCAGAAAAGACAGGCUGAGUUGUUGGAGAAGCGAAUGCAAGAGAUAGAGGAGAUGGAGAAGGAAGCAAACCCUGAGCAGACACAGCCUGAAGAGGAGGAAGAAGCUCAGACUCCUGUGGAAAUGCUCAUAAAAGUCAGCCCAUCCGAGGAAAGUAUCAACAAAAAGCCAGCAGAAGCCCUUGGACAGGAGGGAUCUAAUCUCAUGGAAAGCAACGUGGUGGAAAAAGACGCUCCAGAAAUCAACUGCAACGGGGUGAUCCCCAUGACAGAGCUGACAGACUCUGGGAACGAGGGCUCCGUGCGCCUCGAGGACGACCUGCACAACGCCAAUGACUGUGGCAAUGCCUGUGACAAUGCCCCUGGCACACAGAGCACUGAGAACUUGCACGGCUCUCAUUACACCCAGCACAACAAUGACUCAGAGGCCGGGCCCCAGGAAGCAGUGUUGGACUUGUUUGUGCCCUUGGUUCCGGAGGAUUCCAUGGUGUGCCAGCCCAUCCCCAGCCAAGAGCAGGCGCUGAACCAGCAGGGCAUCAACAAUUUCCAGGAAAGCAUCAGGACAGAGAUCCCUUCAGAGGAUGAGAAUGAGACUAACAGCCCGACAGACAACAAAGGAAAAUCAGCUGCUGGGAAUUUCCUUCUUAAUCCUCUUGAGCCCAAGAAUGCAGAUAAGCUCAAAGUGAAGAUAGCUGACCUAGGAAAUGCCUGCUGGGUGCACAAGCAUUUCACUGAAGACAUCCAGACAAGGCAGUACAGGUCCCUGGAGGUGCUGAUAGGCUCAGGGUACAACACCCCUGCAGACAUCUGGAGCACAGCCUGCAUGGCCUUUGAGUUGGCAACAGGGGACUAUCUGUUCGAGCCUCACUCUGGGGAAGAUUACUCACGAGAUGAAGAUCACAUUGCAUUGAUCAUAGAACUUCUGGGGAAAAUACCUCGCAAGCUCAUUUUGGCAGGAAAAUAUUCCAAGGAGUUUUUCACCAAAAAAGGUGAUCUGAAGCACAUCACCAAACUGAAGCCCUGGGGCCUUUUUGAAGUGUUGGUGGAAAAAUACGAGUGGGCCCAAGAUGAGGCAGCUGGAUUCACAGACUUCUUACUCCCUAUGCUGGAGCUGAUCCCAGAGAAAAGAGCUACAGCAGCAGAAUGUCUCAGGCACCCCUGGCUUAACUCCUAGAAGCUUCCAAGCAAUGCCACAACGUUAAACUCUGGUUUACAGCAUAGCCUACACACCCAGCUGCCCUUUCCCAGAUCCAUUUUUCUCCUUGUUCACUUUGAGUGUGGAGUUCUUCCUUCAAGGCUUCCAAGAUUUUAGAUAAAUCUAAACCUGUUCUGCUGAGUUUGUUUGUGUGACUUAAUGGGGACUCUCCUCAGCCAGUGGGCAUCAUCUGUGUCUUUGCCUUGAUUGGGCUUCACCAAAGACUAAUUGACUAGAAUAAGAGAUUUUUCCUCAGUCUCCUCACUGUAAAGCACCGUGUGUGACAGGUGUGAGCUCACCCCUGCUCGGAUAUCUCCCUUAGCUAAAUUCCAGCUCUCCUUCCUUCCCAUGAAGAUCUCACUGACUCAGGAGUCAAUUUUCCCACUGUUGAUCCAGUAGCUACUGAUGGGGUGAGAAGUAACAGUUGGCAUCAAGGUGCAGCAAAGACCUUGAAAUCCUCCAUCACUCUCUAGGUGUCUGCUGUAUUCUGUAUUCUUUGCUUUCCCCUCAGAAACGUUUAUUUAGUUCUAGCUGCUUUUGGAAGAGCUUUUUAAACCUAGGUUUUAGUAUGCUUUAUUUCUUCCUCCAAAGUGCCCUGUCCAUUUACUUUUUCUCUUCCCCCGUGCCCUUGAUAGUCAGAAUAGUUUCUGGGUUUGGUGAUGUUUUCUACUCCAACACCUGUGACUAAAAGGUGACAGCAAAAUCAGCAGAAGCAGGGCCUGACUCAACGCACAACCCUCAGCAGACAGAGAGGUGCACCCUCAGCCUGCAGAGAGCCUCAGUGCAGGCACCUCUUAACUCUGAAUUAUAGUGAGCCAUACAUUUUUGGGGGUUUUUAUCCCUUACUGGCACUUUUUUUGCCUUGCUUGAGGUGGUAUUCAUGAGAGAUUGGCUUUCACUGAUGCAGUCUGCUCUGACUUUUCAUUUUUGACCAUUCAAUUUUUUUUUUUCCCCAAGGGAGGGGUUGCAGUGCCUGUAUCACAGCCAUGCAGCAGCCCUGCUCUUUGAAAAUCAACAUUUGAAAUUCCAGUGUAAAGAUUUCUUUUAAUUUGCUUCAGGUGCAGGCCUUCAGAAAUAACUUCCCAGGAUGGGACUGCCUUUUAUUUUCUGGGCCAUUAGCACAAGAAGAGAGCUAGCAGAAGUGGAAGAGAAGUGACUUUUCCACAUAGAUACUGAAUUAGAAGCUGUUUCUAGAGUUACCCCAAGUAAGAAAUGUUCUGUGGGGUUUCUAUGUAAACUUCUCAGAGGGGGUUUGGAUAUAAUGGGUUAAAUGGAUUAAUUUUAAUUAAAAGUUAAAUGACUGUGGCAUUUGAUAGUUCUGUGAUGGCUUCUUCUAGACUUGCCUAUCCUGUUACAGACUCAGUGAAUCCCACUCUUCUCUAAGAAAGAUUUGGCAGCAUUGAGACUUCAGAGUCACUUCCUCACUCUGGACCAAACAGGCUUUGGAUUUGUGCUGGCUUGCAGAGGGUGGAACUUGCUGGAGCCCAUGCAGAUGCCAUCCAAGACCAUUUCCAUUGCCAAAGCUGCCAAGACCACUGUUCUGUGUCACUUCUGUGUGUGUGUGUUUGGGAAUUGUGGUUCAUAAGGAUCAUUCACUCACAAACCAGGUCAUUCAAUCCACUUGAACAGAGUUUCUCCAGUUCAGAGCCUGAUUUGGCUUAUUUAUGCAAAUCAUGCUGCAUGUUCCUUUAGUGGUAGAUCAGGUUCUCUAUGCAUAUAAUAAAAAAAAGGCAGGUAACAUACCAAAAAGUGUUUUAAACUGCUGAGUUAACAUUUUAUUUUUUUUUUCCUUUUAUCUGGCAUUUCCAGUUGUGGGUCACUUCUGUAUCUGUUACAGGAGCACUGCAGCCAGUACUGGGUUCCAGCUGACUGUGAGGAGAACAUUGGCAGGGCAAACAAUUCCUGUGGUCCUGAGAGCUCACCCAGCCCUUGAAAGCUCACCCAGUCCUGCCUGCUUGAGCCUGGCUGAUGAAGGAACAUUUCCCACAAGGGCUCUGCACUCUUUGCCUGUUGAAAGCCCCUUCCCCUGCCAGCCCUGGCUGGAGGAGGGAUUUUUGCCAUGGCAGCCAAGGCUGGAGGCAGCCUGUGAGUGGCAGCCCUGCAGAAGCAGCUGUCAAUGGUUUCAUGAUUCAGUCUCGUCCUCUCUGCUCGUUCACUUGGGGUCUGUUCAUUUCCAAACUGCUGUGACGUGCUCACACUAAAGGAUUUGUACUUGCUGUGUCAGUCUAAAACCUGAAGGAAAAUACAUUUUUAUUCUUUCUA